AUGUCCCGUCUCUCCGUCUCCUACCACAGCUCCGACCCCCGCAACGACGAACACUUCGAAAUCGCCUACCGUCCCAAGCGUUCACGCAGCCCAGCCUACAUCCCCGUGCGAUCCUCCAGCUACUCGUACUCGCACAAGAGCGAGACAAGACCCUCCUUCUGGGGCGGCACAUCCCGGUACGAGCGCGACAGCUCCAGAUCUUCGCAUACCACACGCUAUAUGCCUGUCGAGGAAGCUCCUCGCCGUAAGGCGAGAUUCUUGGAUAUUGAUAGUGAUGAUGAGGAUAGUGAUGCAAGUUAUGACCAUUAUCGGAGAAGGCGCACGGUGGAAUGGGUGGAACCUCCUUCCAGAAGAGAGAGGUGUUGGAGACGGCUUUAA